AUGGUGCUAAUCACAUCCUCUUGCUCCCUCUCCCUCUCGAGCCCUCUCCACCUCUGCUCUCGAAUCGGGUCCACCUCACGUGGCCUUGCGCUCGGGUGCUCUGCCCUAACGUGCUUCCUCAGCUCCUUGAAAUUCCCCAAAAACGGGCACCCGUCUUGCAUGCAUCCCCUGCGCUUGGCGUUGAGGCUCGACCACAGUCCACCCUUUGACCUGCCCACGGCAGAGCGGGCAGACGAGGUCCAUGGCCUUGUGGUAUUGGUCGAGGCAGUUGGAGUAGCGAGAGCUUGUACCGCACAUGUAGGGCCGGCAGCCCUUGUUGUGAGACGAGCAGAGGAGGAGAACUGCGUUGUGGGGGAAUUCCAUGCAGACAGAGCAAGUGGCGUCUUCCCAUCAGGGUUUAAUUUGUACCGCUUCAAGGGGAAAUGCCCAUCCUUGCACACGAGUAGAGAAAGGAAAAUGCCGUGCCAGGCUACUAGCCAAGUACACGAUGACUGGAGCGAGAAGUAA